AUGUCGGAUUCCCUCUCCGACGCGGACAAGAUCCGCAACAAGCGCCUCGCAAAGUUGUCCAACCAAAACCCGUCCCCAUCGCAAGACAAUAUCUCCGAUUCAGCGCAGUCAUCGGCUCAUACCUCCCCGUCACAAUCGCCCUUGUCUGCCCACCCGCCAAGUGGUUUCUACAGCGAGUCUCCGUCGUCCCUGCACACCGCGCAACAGUCGGAGGGGAAACGUAUCAAGAUCACACCAGUUGCUCAGACCCCAGAGCGAACACGAUCCAACCCGCCUUCAGCCCCCGGCACUCCCCCACCACAGAAAAUCGAGAGUAUCGAAACUUUCGAAGACCGCACAUUAAGCGCCGUGUUCAAGGUGACCCUCAAGGAUGACGGGCGCCAGGAUAUUCACGGCAAGCGCACCUUCUUGCCUGGACUACGCAGCGAGUUAGAAGCAGAGGGCCAGGAUCUGCGUAUUCAAGUCUCCGUCUUGGAUCAGGCUCUUCUGGAAGCUGCGUCGAGCGCUGAAAGGAACCGUCCUUUGGAUUAUUUGCUGCCAUGCUGGAAACGUAUCACACGGCUUUCAAAUGGUUUCCGGCGGGCUGGAGAUGAUGACCCGAAGUACCAGAUUCUUUGCGAGGCGCGCCGGCUAUGCAUGAGCUAUUGUAUUUUCGCGAUUACCAUGCCGGAGAUGUUCGGAAGCGAUGGCUCUGGGCAAUCAUUGGCCUCAUACCUACUCCUGGACCCCGAAGAGGACCGUGGUAUUGACUUCAAUUUUAUGAACGAAGCCGUUAAGAGGUUUGAUGAAGAUGAGAGUAUCAAGCCUGCAUUUAUUACUGCUGUCGAGCAGCUGAGUGCGCAGCUUUCAUCUAUGGAUGUUAAUGAAGACUACAAGCCCUAUACCGUUGCCCUUCGCAAUCUUGUCCGCCACGGUACCAUCGCGGCUGCAAUUACAGAAUCAUCGAUUUUCAACGCCUCAAAAGACCCGGCCCAGUUCGAGAAGGUCACUCUUCUAGGCCCUUGGUUCAGCCUGUCGCCCCUUCAGGGCAACGUCACCUUGUCUUAUUUCUCCAGCCCCAAGACCCGCGAUGCAGCAUACAUCGCGAACGCGCAACGGUCACUUCGGAUGACACAGCAACUGCUGAGCUCCGACCUUCUUGACGUGAUUAACCACCUGAUUCGGGCUUCGAAGGAGGCUCGGGAUCGCGUUUUGGAUUGGUUUGCUACUGCUCUUAACAUCAACCACAAACGGCGCGCAAUGCAGGUGGACCCGGAACAAGUGUCCUCGGAUGGAUUCAUGUUCAACCUCACAACUUGUCUAGACCAGCUCUGUGAGCCUUUCAUGGAUGCGUCGUUCACCAAGAUCGACAGAAUUGACUCGGAUUACCUCCAUCGAAACUCUCGGGUUGACAUGCGUGACGAGACUAAGAUCAAUGCCGAUCAGCAUGCAUCCGAUGCAUUUUAUUCCAAGAAGGCUGACGGGACUUCAAACUUCAUCACCGAAAUCUUCUUCUUGACUGUUGCUGCUCAUCACUACGGCAGCGAGUCGUUGACCUCGAAGAUGGAACAACUUGAAAAGGAUCUACGACAGAUGGAAAACAUGAUAACUAAGUUUGAACUUGAGCGCCACAAGUGGAUCAACAACCCGGCACAGCUUACCACUUUCGACAAUGCCCUCAAGAAGUACAAAGACAAGUUCGAUUUGGGGCUGGCUUUGAAGUACAGCCUUCAGGGUGUGCUGUUCGAUGAUCAUUGGCAGAGCCGCUCCAUGCUUUUCAUGCGAUAUGUCACCGUAUGGCUUUUGAGACUCGUAUCGGGCGAGGACUUCCCCAAGAAACAGUUCUCGCUCCCACUCCCAGAGACACAGCCAGAGGUAUUCAAGUGCCUACCAGAGUAUUUCGUGGAAGACAUUGUCAGCAACUUCAAAUUCAUCAUGUGGUGCAUGCCACAAAUCAUCACAGCCACCCAAGGCGAUGAGCUGGUAAUGCUGUGCAUCACAUUCCUGGAGAGCUCCGCCUACAUCAAGAACCCUUACCUCAAAGCCGGACUUGUCUCGAUUCUGUUCCGAGGCACUUGGAAACGCCCUGGUGGCGCCAGUGGCGUUUUGGUUGACCUGCUAAACUCGCUUCCAUUUGCCAACGAUUAUCUCCUCCAUGCAGUUAUGAAAUUCUACAUUGAGGCAGAGUUCACGGGAGCGCAUACACAGUUCUACGACAAGUUCAACAUCCGAUACGAGAUCUUCCAGAUCAUCAAGUGCAUCUGGCCCAACACACUCUACAGAGAGAAGUUGUCCAAUCAAGCCAACCAGAACCUGGACUUCUUCGUCAGGUUCGUCAACCUUUUACUGAACGAUGUGACCUAUGUUCUUGAUGAAUCAUUUGGUGCCUUCAAGACCAUUACUAGCACCCAGUACGAGCUCAAUACCGCUGGUGCCUCGAUGGAUGCUGCCACCCGCCAGCAGCGAGAAGAGCAUCUGUCACAAUCCCAGCGCAGUGCCAAGAACUACAUGCAGCUCACCAACGAAACCGUUGCUAUGCUGAAGCUAUUCACCGAGGCGCUGGCAGAUUCAUUCACAAUGCCCGAAAUCGUGCAGCGCUUGGCAGACAUGCUGGAUUACAACCUUGAUGCCAUGGUGGGUCCCAAGAGCGCCACUCUUCGCGUGGACAACUUGCAAGAAUAUGGCUUCAACCCGCGUGCCCUUCUGAGCGAGAUCGUCGACGUCUAUUUGAACCUGAUGGGUAAAGAGAACUUCAUCCUGGCCGUUGCUCGCGAUGGCCGAUCCUACAAGCCCGCCAACUUUGAGAAGGCGGCUGAUAUCAUUCGCAAAUGGUCUUUGAAGUCUCCCGAGGAGCUUCGUCGCUGGGGCCAAAUGCAGAAGAAGGUACAGGCAGCUAGGUUGGCUGAUGAGCAAGCAGAGGAGGAUCUUGGAGAGAUCCCUGAUGAAUUCCUUGAUCCCCUUAUGUACACUCUCAUGGACGACCCUGUCAUUCUCCCUGGCUCACGGGUCUCCAUCGAUCGAGCUACUAUCCGCUCGCAUCUGCUCAGUGAUCCACAUGAUCCCUUCAACCGUGUCCCCCUGAAGAUGGAAGAUGUGGUGCCUGAUACCGACUUGAAGGCCAAGAUCGAAGCAUUCAAAUCGGAGAAAUUGGCUGGCAAACGGAAGGAGAUGGUGCCUCGUGAACAUAUGGACACAUCUACGGGUUAA